GUCAUCGCUGACGCGUCCCGAGCCCCGCAGACUGCGCAGUCUUUCCCUUCGAGAAGCGACGGCGCCGCUUCGGAGUUUCGUGUUUUCUGUUUUGAACUGUUUACGCCGUUGUGUUUAUAAGGAGCUUCAGCCAUGGCGAUGCAAGCAGCCAAACGCGCGAACAUUCGCUUGCCUCCUGAGGUGAACAGGAUAUUGUACAUUCGAAACCUUCCAUACAAGAUCACAGCAGAAGAAAUGUAUGAUAUCUUUGGGAAAUAUGGUCCUAUUCGUCAAAUCAGAGUUGGGAACACACCAGAAACCAGAGGAACUGCCUAUGUCGUCUACGAGGACAUCUUUGAUGCUAAGAAUGCCUGUGACCACCUUUCUGGGUUCAACGUCUGCAACAGAUACCUGGUUGUUUUGUACUACAACGCAAACAGAGCAUUCCAGAAAAUGGACACAAAGAAAAAAGAAGAGCAGCUGAAACUGCUCAAAGAGAAAUAUGGCAUAAAUACAGACCCUCCAAAGUAGUUAUUUUCUUUUCUUUUCAAACAUUUCUUUUUAAGUUUUUUUUUUUUUGUUUUUUUUUUUUUUGUUUUUUUGUCUUCCUGUUUCCUUCACCUGAUUUAAGCAAGAGUAGUCAAUAUUUUGUACAGUUAGUAGCCUGUAAUUCUUAUGUAUUAAAUAUAAUGCUGGUUAAGCACGUUUUUCGUGCCGUAUGCACUGUUGAUAUUUUGGUCAGAAGUGAUGUCUGGACGAUUUAUUGGGCAAAUGUAACCAGAGAUUUUUGUAAUUAAAAAUGGCAACAUUGUGAA